CUUGUCCCAGCUUUGCGUUCGGAAGAAACUGUCGCCAUACGUGCAAAUGUUCGCGAGAAAAUAGUGAAGGCUGUGACAGCAAGAGCGGGUUUCUAUGGGCCGCUAUGCAAACGGCGAUGCCCCAUCGGUUUCUACGGGCCAAGUUGUGCCAAGAAAUGUCAGUGCUCAGGAGAUCUGCGAUGCGAUGCUGUUACGGGUGAUUGCGUAAAGAGAUGCCCUCCAGGAUACAAAGGAGAGGGGUGUGCAGAAGUGUGUUCACCUGGUACAUACGGUUACGACUGCGAACAACGAUGCGAUUGUUCGGAGCCAGGCCAACCAAAGGCAUGUCAUCAUGUCACCGGCACCUGCUCAUGCCUACCUGGACGCACCGGCGUGAUGUGUGAUAUACCAUGUCCGGCUGGCCUUUAUGGUCCAAAUUGCAUCCAUGAGUGCGUAUGUCAAAACGGAGCUGAGUGUAACGCAAAAGAUGGUUCAUGCAUCUGCCCGCCAGGAUUUUAUGGAGCAAGCUGCAGUGAAGUAUGCCCAGCCGGUCGACAUGGCAUAGAUUGUAUGAAACUAUGCGACUGUCAAAAUGGGGCCAUUUGUAGCCCUACAGACGGAAAAUGUGAAUGUCGCCCCGGUUGGACAGGAGACAAUUGCGAGAAGUCUUGUGAACCAGGAUUUCAUGGAAAGGACUGCUUACAACGCUGCGAUUGUGCUAAUGGUAUGCAUUGCGAUCCAUCUGAUGGCGAAUGUAUCUGUCCUCCUGGGAAAAGAGGAGCCAAGUGUGAACAAGAUUGCGAGAUUGGACAUUUCGGCGCAGGCUGUAGAGGAGUUUGUGCUUGCGCCAACGGCGCCGCCUGUGACCCUGUUUCUGGUGCUUGCACUUGCACACCUGGCUGGCGCGGAAAACGGUGCGACCGGCCGUGUCCUGAUGGACGCUAUGGUGAUCAAUGUCGUUUCAUUUGUGAUUGCGCUACUACAAAUGAUACUACCCUAUACAACCCGUUUGUGGCGCGAUGCGAUCAUAUCACGGGAGACUGUCGUUGUCCUCCGGGAUGGACUGGGCCGGAUUGCGCUACGCCAUGUCCUCCUGGCAGAUGGGGAUCUGGCUGUAGCAGUGAAUGUGAGUGCGCGAACGGUGCGACAUGCGAUCGUCUCACUGGGUUUUGUGACUGCCCUGCUGGAUUCAUGGGGAAAAACUGCGAGACAGAAUGCCCUGAAGGUCUCUGGGGAGCGAACUGUAUUCAUCACUGCCUUUGCAUGCACGAUGGUGGCUGCAAUCCGAAAAACGGAGAAUGCACUUGUGCUGCGGGAUGGACCGGACCUGCAUGCGAGUUCUUAUGCCCAUUCGGCCAGUAUGGGCUCAACUGCGAAAUGCGUUGCGAUUGUCAGAAUGGCGCAAACUGUAAUCGAACAACUGGACAGUGUGAAUGUCUACCUGGUUGGAGAGGUGAAAGAUGUGAGCUUGCUUGCCCUUCUGGACAUUUCGGGGCGAACUGCGAAGAAGUGUGUGAGUGCGAAAAUGGAGCCACAUGUGAUCCGAUCAGUGGACAUUGCUCGUGUCAGGCUGGCUGGAGAGGAAGAAAAUGCAAUAGGCCUUGCCUGAAGGGUUACUUUGGACGUCACUGCUCACAAACAUGCCGUUGCCCAAAUCAGAAACCUUGUGAUCACAUUACUGGGAAGUGUCAAUGCCCUAAAGGAUACACCGGUCACGGUUGUACAGAGCUUUGUCCGGAAGGGACAUUCGGUGAAGGUUGCCACCACAAAUGUGAUUGCCAUGAAAACGCCAAUUGUGAUCCGAUAACCGGGAAAUGUUUCUGCAAAUCGGGUUAUUCCGGCGACGACUGCAAGAAAGGUUGCGCCCAAGGCCGAUUCGGUCAUGACUGCUCAGAGCUUUGUGAAUGUGCCAACGGUGCGUUGUGCGAUAAACAAAGUGGAGCUUGUUCAUGUCCACCGGGAUUCAUUGGCACAAAAUGUGACACACCGUGUCCACCUGGUCGAUUCGGAGACAGAUGCAAUCUUGGGUACACUGGGAAAACAUGUGAACAAAGCUGUCCCUCAGGAAAAUAUGGUUUGAAUUGUACGCUGGACUGUGAAUGCCAUGGAAAUGCUCGAUGUGACCCUGUCCAGGGAUGCUGCGACUGUCCGCCUGGUCGAUACGGAACUAGAUGUCAAUUCGGUAUGCUACAUCAAUUCUAUGGAAGCUUCCGAAUCGGUACAUUGCAUCAGUUUAUUCUAGUCUGCCCUGCUGGCUUUUAUGUUUGUCGGCAAGGAAGAUAUGGGCAGAAUUGCAUGCAUAAAUGUCAUUGCUACAAUGGCGCCUCAUGUAAUAGAAAAACGGGCAAAUGCAGCUGUGCUCCAGGGUAUCUUGGUCCCACUUGUCAGCAUGAAAUGAAAGACCCGAACAGUGUAGCAAAACGAGGUGAUCUGCCAGAGGACUGGGAGUGGCGAUCACGACGGUGA